CUUCCAGCAGCUGAAACACUUGGUCGAAGAAGCUGUCUGAGGAUAAGGAGCCCGAAUAUUUUGUCUUUUACUUUGGUGGUGUCUAACAACAGAAGUCAUCAUGAAAAUUAUUCUUAUGUUAAUAUCAAUCCUGUCAAUGAAUAGUCUGACAACAGGCCAGACAGGGAUUUUCUAUCCAUUUGGCUCAGAUGCAGGAGACGUUAAUAAUAUUGGUAUUGAAGACGAAAACUCAACUUAUGUUGGCCUGUUGAGUCCAUUUGUUUUCUUUGGCCGCAUUUACCACCAGAUAUAUAUCAAUAAUAAUGGGCAUCUUACAUUCAACCAACCUUCACCGGUGUUCAUUCCUAAUUCCCUGCCCAGCAAUGGAAGUGAAGAUGUCAUUGCCGCUCUCUGGACGGACAUUGACAUCAGUCAAAACGGUAACAUCUCAUAUCAAGAGUACACAACAGGAAGUGUCCUCACACAAGCUACUCAAGACAUAAACCAGUAUUUCCCUGAUCUGAGCUUUACUGCAACUUGCGUCUUUGUUGCGACAUGGGAUAAAGUGGCAUACUUUUAUCACACAGGCACGGAAACCUCCUUUCAAGUGGUUUUAAUUUCAGACAGCAAUUUGUCUUUUCUUCUGAUAAAUUAUGGUGACAUUGCUGUGUCACCAAAUUUAGUGCAGGGAGGUUAUGACACAAUAAACUCUACACUUUAUUUUCUCAUUCCUGAGUCAAACAAUGGGAGCUCCAUUUCAAAUCUCAAGUACUCCAGUAAUGUAAACGUUCCUGGUCGUUGGGUUUUUAGGGUGGACGGUAAAGCAGAUCAAAACAUAGAAACUGUCAUUGGACUUCAGAUGAGAGUUAUCUCAUAUUCAGAUCUAGCAGAGAUUGAAAACAUUGCGUACGUUAUGGAGAAAAUUAAACAGGAGCUGGUUCAUCAAGGUCUUCCAAGCAACGUCGAGCUGAAUUUAAGAAGAGUGGAAAAAAUAAAGCCUUAAUAUCAGAAUCAUACAACAGAAGUGAAUAAACAUGUACUAAUACUUAAAGGAACAGUAUGUAAGAAAUGUAUAUCAAUUAAUCAUAAAAUGUAAGAAAGCAUAAAACAGGAGCACCAAUGACUUCAAUAGGAAAAAAUUGCCCAAAAUAUCUUCCUUUAUGUUUAGCCGAAAAAAGAAAUGUAUACAGGUCUGUAACAACUUGAGUAAAUUAUGACAGAAUUUUAACUUUUUAGUGAUCUAUUCCUUGAAAGAUGCAAUUUGUAUAAUCCGCGCCACUAGAGGGCGCACAAUCAAAACAAUAACAAUGACGUAAAUUAAUGACGCUCGGGUGUGGAAUGAUGGGAUUUGUUGUUUUUAACUUUGAACCACUCCAUCAAUCAGACAGAAAUGAGAAAUCAUGUUAACACAUGAGUUAAAGUAAUCAAGUUUUAUAAAUGUUGCGUUUGAUGACAUCGUUUUAUUUCAUUAUGUAAGGUUUCAUGUAAUGUUUAAAACGCAGCACAGACUUAAGUGUUAAGAUUAACAAACUUACCAUAAACAAGCGAGUGGCCCGACAGACACUGGACUAGUGGUCUUUGGAUAUUUUACUGAAAAUAUCUUACAAAUUGUACCUUUAAUGGAAGCAAUGGAA